AUGCAGCCCACUGCAACUCUCAAGAUGUUCCAGCCUACCAGGCGGAUGAUGGCGAUGCCAAACGAAGAGCACCGCGCUCACACCAUUUCCCAACGACUACGAACCCUCAAGAAGAUUCCUCCGGAGUUGAUCCCCCUUGGAAUCGUCGUCGGUGUUGCUGUCGGGUUUGCUGGUUACUCCAUGGCACGAAAGCUCGUUGUGGAUAAGCAGAUGCGCCUCUCUCGCCAGAACAGAAAGGAUUAG